UGUAAGUUUCGGUUCAUAGAACAAUUCUUACAAAAGUUCAAUGCAACUAGAAACUAUUUGCCCAUCUAAUUGUCAUGGAUAAAUUAUCAAUAUUUCUUAGAACAUAGUGUUUCUCAAUUUCUUUGAACUCAAUUACAUGCCUCAAUUAUUUAUUUUGUUAAGAUUUUGCAUGGAUGUUCUAUGAAAUGCAACUUAAAAACCAGACAAUUCGAACUAGUUCGCCUGUGAUGUGAGUCUCACAACUGAUUCCCAUCUAUCCCUUCCUUAAUUAAGGCUCGACAUAUAUAUGUUGCACGGUGAAAAGAAUGUACGAAAGAAAACUAAUAAACUAAGCAAAGCCUGAUGCUUGUAGGGUAAAGCAUAUACAGCUAGAAAAUGGUAACCUUAACUGUUCGAUCCUUUUAUGCUUUAUUAUUCAACAUUCUUUGUUAAGUAAUUAAGUAAAGCAUAUAGCAGAAGCAGCAGCAGCAGCAGCUAGCCUAUAAAUCAAAGCUGACGAAUGCCACAUUACACACCGCGAAGCUAGAUAGUACUAAAAAUGGGGAACUGGAGAACGCUAGCGGCUGUGCCCAAUCAAAACAGGGUUCAGCCGGAUCAAACAGAGGGAGAGGAUAGCUUAAGGCGAAUUCCAGACUUGAAAUGUCCCUAUCAAUGUGCCAUGGAGGAUAACUGGAAAGGCGUAGAGGAAUACUUCGAGAAAUUUCCGGCAAAACUGCUCAAUCAAAUGACGGUGGAAGGGGACACUGCAUUUCACCUUGCGGCUUCUUUGAGCAGCAAAACACAAGGCAAAAGAGUCCUCGAAGGGUUGAUCAAUAUACUCAGAAAUUCGACCAGCUAUGAAGAUAGAUGCGCUCUGAGGGUUCCAAAUAACAACGGCAACAAUACUCUUCACGAGGUGAGUGCAUCCGGCAAUGUGGAAGCGGCAAAGUACUUGGUGAGCAACUUCAACAUGCCUGAUCCGGAAAAGGUCAUCAUCAGUACUAGUGCUAGUAGUACUGAUAAAGAAAAUGAUGUGCUGCCGCUGCUGGAGACUCGGAACCAUUUAGGAGAAACUCCGCUCUUCAGGGCCGCUGCUCUCGGUCACACUGACUUGGUCAAGUUUUAUGCUGGCAAACUGCUGGAGGAUAAUCCGAACAAUCUUUGGAGGCACUUCCACAGAAAUGACAAGAUGUCCAUUCUUCAUAUCGCCAUCAUUGCACAACAUUUCGAUCUCUCACUCUCUCUCUCUCUCUCUCUCUCUCUCUCUCUCUCUCUCUCUCUCAGAAAAUGCACACACUGAUUCCACAAUGCAGAUUAAUAACUUUUUCUCCUUUGUAUUCCACAAUACAGAGACUGCUCUUUGGUUCCUGGAGCACUACCCCUAUCUAGCGCACCAAACGGAAGAUAAAGGAUUGACAAGCCUUCAAUUGCUAGCCCAAAUGCCAACUGCCUUUGUGCCACAAUCUCAACGAAGCAAAUGGGAGAUGCUAAUUUAUUAUUGCCUUCCUGCUGAUGGAGGAGAUGUGGUCACACCAAAUCAGAAAGAUGAUGUAGAGAUCAACUUGGAUAGCAACCAGCGGCGCCGUCAAUCCAUCUCUAGGAACAAGCUUUCAGGCUUUGCUAGGGUUUACUCAUCACUAUGGGACUCCCUUGCUAAAAGAACAGGAGGCCCGCAGGCCGGCAUAAUCUACAGGAUAUGGAAGGACAAAACAAACAAAAAAUGGCUAGAGAAACUCAUCCAUGAGCUUGUUAAGACGGACUAUUCUUGCCUGAGUACUAAUCAGCAAGUAAAUCCCAAGACCAUUUCUUUAGGGUCCAAUCUCAGUAAAAAAAAAUGGGCAGCCGAAGAAACAUCCAAAUCGGAUAACAGAAAAGGUGAUGAUGGAAGUGAAAAAGGAUGGGAAGCCGCAAGCACAUCCAAGUCGGAUAGGGGAGAAGGUAAUGAUGGAGGUGAAGAACGAGCGGAAGCUGCAAAACCAUCGACUUCGGAUAAGGCAGCGAGGUAUGAAAUUUACAACUUUACCCCAUUGCUUAUAGCAACUAUCACAGGAAUUAUGCCCAUUGUGGAGGAGAUACUUGAGCAGCAUCCUCAGGCAGUCGAGCAUGUUAACUAUAAUGAACGCAACAUAUUGCAUCUAGCCAUUAAGAACCGUCGGAAAGAGAUACUUAAUCUUAUCAAAAGCAAACCAACUGUGAUGUCGAGGCUGAAGAAGUGGAUAGACUGUGAUGGCAACACCAUAUUGCAUCAGGCUGCAGAUAGGAGUUACUACUCUAUAGCGUUGUCUCAGAAACUAAUUGGCCCUGCAAUGCAAUUGCAAGCAGAGCUACGUUGGAUGCAGUGUGUAAAAGAGAUACUACCGCCUCGGUACAUCAUGCACCGCAACAAGAAGGAUAAGACAGCUGAGGAGCUCUUCAACGACCAGCAUAACGGUCUUCUGACGUCGGCACAAGAAUGGAUAAAAGACACGGCUCAAUCAUGCUCAACUGUGGCGGUGCUAGUGGCCACUGUGGUCUUUGCAGCUGCCUACGCCAUUCCGGGGGGUACUAAUGAUCAAAAUGGUCUUCCUGUUUUCCAGGACGAUCCUCUCUUUUUGCUCUUCACCUGCAUGGACGUUGUGGGAAUUGCCUGCUCAUUAUCUUCUGUGGCAUUCUUUCUCUCAAUCCUCUCCUCCCCUCUCGAGUACCCAUUUUUCGUUAACAGUCUUCCUCGCAAGGUCAUGAUUGGAUUCGCCUUGCUCUUCUUGUCCAUGGCAGCAACCAUGGUUGCCUUUGCCGCCACCAUUUUGCUCUUGAUUCGCGUUGAGAAGAAAUGGACCAAGUCUAUACUUUACCCUAUUGCCUUUUUCCCAGUCCCUCUAUUCGGCCUCCUGCAAUUUCCCAUGUAUCAAUCCUUGAUAGUCGCGUUGGAAAAAAUCGAUGACUGGAUUUUCACCUUACGCUGCCUUCUCGGCUUUUCCAAGAGGAGAUCAAGAUGGGGCAAGUGUAAGGCGUAUUGAGUCACGUAAGCUUUUCGCAAGGGCAGAAUGUGUGGUUCAAAUUCACAAUCUUGCAACAGAAGUUACUGUUAGAUUUGUAGUUAUCGUUUGAAUUUUCAGUUGGUUUCUUCUUUUCUCCCCAAUUAAAUGUCACAAUUUCAGUGUGUCUUCAGUUUAAAUUAUGGGCAAUACGUGAAGAAUAAAGAGGCUUGUUUGUAUGGUAAAGAUCUAGUACCAUGCAUACUUUUGUUUGAUUUGAAAU